AUGACCCGGUUGUGGGACAACACUUUGGGAUCGGGCAAACGGGACAUGAUGAGCUACUUGGGCCAUAAGGAGGAGGUGCGGUCACGAGCCCCACAGGCAGACAGACCCAGAAAUCUGUCCACUGAAAGCAGCUCUCCUCCGAAGACCUGCUUUGCCGUGGACGUGGUGGCAUCCCGCGUCGCUCGUGCCUCCCCCAGUAACGGCCUUCUCCCCGUCCCAGAGCGCCGUCCUGCCAGCCAGAAGCCUGAGGAGAGCUGGCCAAAGCACCGAAAAACUGACCCUCCCUGGGCAUCCACCGUGCCACGUGCCGCGGCUGGCUCCCCGCCGGCCCGCAGUGACCUGCUGGGUGCCAGCGGGCACCUCUCUGGCCCACGGGGCCGGGAGCCCCACAGGCAGCCCGGCAGUGGGGCUGCAGAGGCGCGGCACGGGCUGGAGCGGCAGCAGUACACGGUGCUGGCAGACCUGCCCAAGCCCAGGCGCCUCGGCCAGCGGGACGCUGCCAACCGCUACGGCUCCCGGACACUCAGCCCCGGCCGAGUGGAGGUGGAGAGGAUAUUUGGAUGCGAACGCAGGAAAUCAGAGACGCUGGAGGCCUUCCAGGCUCUGGAGGAGGGCCGUGUGGACCGGCUCGAUGGCAAGACGCCAGUGCCACCCAGCAAAGGCCACCUAACUCGGAGGCGGUCCAGCCCCAACCUGCCCAGGGAGGGUCAGCGACUCUCCUGGCAGCUCGAGCAGCGCAGCAGAGACCCCAAGGAGCCCCGGCGUUCCCCCAGCCCAGCUCGGCACCCCGAGAAGGCCAGCAGGCUCCGGGGGGACUCCCCACGCCCUGCCAGCCCCGGCUGGCUGCUGGAGAGAGGCAGCCGCAGCCCACGCGCCGCCAGCCCAGCCCGCAGGUCCGAGAGGAGAGCAGGGGAGCCCGGGAACCCUCCCUGUCACACUGAGAAAAGCUGGAGAAGCCGAGGGGAGCCUGCCCGCCCCCCAGGCUCAGAGAGGGGCCGAGCCACCUGGCAAGCACUGGAGAAGAAGAGCCGGGGGGAUUCCCUGCACCCCGCAGGGGCUGGGAAGGGCUCAGGUAACAUCAGGCUGAGCCGAGCAGGGCCACCACCACGGGCCCUCAGUCCUGGGAGACGCACAGAGAGCACAAGGAAAAGCCAAAAGGAGAUCUCCCCUCCCAGCUUGUGGCGGGGCGCAGAGAGGCAAGGAGUGAAGCCUGGGGAGCCGUUGCACCUCUCAGGGCCCAGGAAGGCAUCAGAAUGCAGCUGGCAGAGCCUCCGGGAAAAGGUGACCUCCUCCCAGCCCUCAAAGGGCACCAGCAGUGACUCCAAAGGCCGAGGCAAGCCCCUGCGCCCCAUAAGCCCAACACGACCCCCGGAGCAGGACUGGAGGGGGCGAGGGGAUGCCCACCAAGCACAGGUGUGGGAGAAGGACUGGAAGCGCCAAGAGAUGCCCGUGUGCCAUGCAGAUGUGAUGCGCCAGCUGGAAAGGGACUGGAAAAGCCCUGCUAGAUGUCUGGAAGGAGGACUACGGCCAGAUGACAGCUGGAGAAGGCCUGAGAGUCCAACGCAGCAUCUGGAGGAGGACUGGCAAGGUCCCGAGCACGCACGAGAUGCACACAACCCUGAGAAGCCAUUGGAAACUGACUGGGGGAACAAGAGUCUUCUCAUUUACCAUCCCCAGCUGGGUGGAAGCACCUUCCCACCACAAAGCAGCACUGGCUCCUCAGGAAGCCCGCAGCCACAUUUGAAUGCCAGUAAGAACCACAACAAGGUGGGGAAACUGAGGCACAGAGCCUUUUUGUAA